AUGAAUGUCCCUCCAGAAACAGCUCUUCCUUUCUCUAAACAUAAUACUAAAACUUGCGGUGGCAAUGCUGCGUUUCAUAAUUUUAAUAAUGAUUAUUCUCAUAUCGUCAAUCCGAAUUAUAGGAGGAGAUUAGCUUUGGCUGAAAUUGAUAAGGUUCCUUUUGGUUGGUAUCACGUUCGCGCUGUCGUGGUGGCAGGUAUUGGAUUCUUCACAGAUUCCUACGAUAUAUUCGCCAUCAAUCUUAUCACAUCAAUGCUCGGUAUGGUGUACUGGCAAGGUCCUCCCAGCACAGGAGGAAAUCAUGGUAUUCUCCCCACGGGUAUCAAUACAGCCAUCAAAGCCGCCACUUCAGGUGGUGCAAUCAUCGGUCAAAUUGGAUUCGGAUGGUUGGCGGAUUUUUUAGGAAGGAGAAAAAUGUAUGGUGUUGAACUUGCUGUUGUUAUACUGGCUACGCUGGCUCAGUGCUUGAGUUCUCGUAGUCCGGCGCUGGGUAUGGCGGGGGUGUUUAUUUUUUGGAGAGUGCUGUUGGGCAUUGGGAUUGGCGGUGAUUAUCCUUUGUCUGCGGUUAUUACUUCGGAAUUUGCCCCAACAAAAUGGAGAGGAGGAAUGAUGGCCGCAGUAUUUUCCAUGCAAGGCGGCGGUCAAUUUGCCGCUGCCCUCAUCGCUCUUAUAACCACAUAUGCAUUCAAAAACUCCCUAAUAAAUACAUCCAACACAUUCGAUACCUGUGAUCCAGCAUGCCAACUUGCAGCGGAUAAAGCAUGGCGUAUAAUUGUUGGCUUCGGAGCUAUCCCAGCUUGUUUCGCUCUGUAUUAUCGAAUCACGAUCCCGGAAACUCCACGGUAUACUUUCGAUGUGGCGCAUGAUAUGGAAAAGACUAAUGCGGAUAUUAAUGCUUUUGUGAAGAACGAUGCUGAAGGGGAUGUUGAUCUGGUUUUACAGAAUAAGAUGAAAAGGUAUCACAGGUAUCAUUUGUCUGAGUCUAGUGCUUCUUGGUCUGAUAUUUUCCAUUACUUUUCUCAAUGGGAUCAUGCCAAAAUACUGCUAGGUACCUCACUCUCUUGGUUCUUCCUCGAUCUGGCAUACUAUGGUCUCGGUUUAAAUGCCAGUACUAUAUUAAACGCCAUCGGAUAUGGUACAGGACCGACUCUCUACCACAUAUUACUACACACGGCAACAGGAAACCUAGCACUAGUAUGCGCAGGCAGUAUACCCGGCUACUGGAUCAGCAUCCUCACAAUCGACACACUGGGACGCAAACGCCUGCAAAUAUUCAGCUUUGCAAUCCUCACCCUUCUCUUCUGCAUAAUCGGUUUCUUAUAUGAUUCUUUAUCUAAAGGUCCCUUACUCACUCUAUACAUCCUCGCCCACAUCUUCUUCAAUUUCGGUCCGAAUACUACUACGUUUAUUAUCCCCGGGGAAUGUUUCCCUACGAGAUACAGAGCUACGGGUCAUGGUAUUAGUGCCGCGAGUGGAAAACUAGGUGCGAUUAUCGCGCAGGUGAUUUCGUUACCGUUACUUAUGAACGAGGAGACGGAUUCGCUACAUUGUCGGAUAAGUGCAUCGCAGUGUUCUCCGCGGCUUAAAUAUCUUAUGCGCAUUUUUGCGCUGUGUAUGGUUUGUGGUGUUGGUGUUUCGUUUCUGGUUCCGGAGACUAUGGGGAGAUCUUUGGAGGAGUUGGCUGGGGAGGGGAAGGGGGGGAGUUUGCUUGAUGAGGUGGGGGUUGGUGGUGUGGGUAAGAGUGAGAGGAAGAGGAAGAGUGAUGGUGUAUCAGCUGAUGCUUCUUUCUGGACUCGUUGGAAUCCUUUUCGUGGGGGGGAAGCUGCGGGGUUUUCGGAAAAUUUACGACGGGUGAGAGGGAGGGAUGUUGAUUGUGUGCUGAGUGGGAGAUCUCUGGGUGGUAUUAGGCGGAAAGGGGGAAGAGUGGGUAUUAUGACGCGGGCGGAGGGUUUAACGAGGAUUCAGGGUGGUGGUGAUGGUCCUUCGGGUGAGGGUGAGGGUCGUGCUUGUAACCCUGAUGUUACGCAUAUGUCGGGGACUUGUGAUAAUUCAGGGGUUUUGGGGAGUGGUCUUGCGUGUGAGAGGGAUGAUACGAGGGAUACGAGAAAGACGGGAGAAACGAAAGUGCAGGGUUCCACGAAUACAUUCAGCGAAGAAAGAAAUGACAGAGCUAGUGCGCCUGGAUACGAAUUGAAUACACGAGAUUUGAGUAAUCGUGGUGAGUGGUGGCAUAUUUCAGGUUCAGGCGGGAGAACAUGGGAAAAUUUGAAGGGGGAGGGAGAGUAUUGA